GAGGUGACCCGCGGAGGAGGCGAUGGGCGGCCCGCCGAUGCGCCGCCCGCCUGGCCCGCCGCGGAGGCCAGCCGGCCUCCUGCGGCUGUGCUGCUGCUUGUGGGCGCUGCGGCCCGCCGACGCCCGCGGGCGCAGGCUGCUGAGCACGGCCGACAGCGGGGGGACGGUGCGCGGCGACUAUGGGUUCCUCACCCGUUUCAACGUGACUGAAGACGAGGCUCGGCAGAUGGUGCGGCAGAUGAGGGACGAUUUCGGGAUCAUGGAGUUCCAGUUCUAUGACGCCUUCGAGGGCUACUCCAGGCCUCCCGACCCCAGCCUUGACACCUGGCAGUGCGCCAGCCGGGGCGCGACCGUGAGCCGCGGUGUGCUCAGGGCGUACACGGAGGAGAUCAGGCGGCUCGGGGGGCGCUCCUGGCUGGCGGUGCAGGCGACGGG